AUGUCUGAAAAAUUAUUCUGGAGCAUUAUAGGAGCGCUGUUUGUGGCUGGAGCUUCUUUUACAGUAUAUGAAGACAAUUUCGAUAAUGUUGGUGAAGACCCAUAUGAUACAGAUAGCAGUAUUUCAGAAAGAGAAGGAAAAAUUUUAUUUCCAUUCGUCAGUAUAGUUCGAUUUGCGAACGUAGACUGUGCUAGUACUAAUACAAUGAACGGCACAUGUCUGGCUCGUCGGGAGUGUAAUAAUCUUAACGGGACAAUUACUGGUUUUUGUGCUAAUAGAAGAGGAAGAUGCUGUAUCGUUUCACGGGCAUGCGGCAGUGCAACCAAUGUAAACAAUACUUAUUUUACUAGUCCUGGUUACCCGGCAGCAUACCCCGGUGGUCCAGCUUGCCCAAUCAUUGUGAACCGCUGUAAUAGCAACAUAUGCCAGCUUCGUAUAGACCUUUUGGACAUGGUACUAGCUCAACCUAACGGUGAUGGCGUGUGUGCAACCGAUAUGCUUACUAUAACAGGAGGCAAUACUAUAGUACCUGUUCUAUGCGGAGAUAAUACCGGACAAACUCUAUUCGUAGAUUUCAAUGGUGACGGGGCCAUUACGAUUACUGUCACAGCAACUCUGGCCACAGCAUUCACAAGACGAUGGAAUAUAAGACUCACCCAACUUGGUUGCGACUGUCCGGGCUUAGCUCCAAAUGGCUGUUUACAAUAUUACACGGGAGUGACGGGAACAAUCACAAGUUUCAACUAUGGAACCGCCGCAAACCCAGCCCUUAGUGCGUCUUUAGUAACAGGAACAAGGCAAUUGGCAAAUUUGAACUACGGAAUUUGUAUAAGAAUAGAAGCAGGUUUUUGCACAAUUCAAUAUACACAGUCACCAAACGACGUGAACUCGUUCACCGUGACGGGUGAUGUGGAAGGCGCUGACAACACAGUAUUAGGCACUCCAGUGGGUGCGGUGAACGGGGCCGCGUGUGUAACUGAUUUCGUGGUCAUAGCCAACCCUGUUGUGACCGCAACCAACUUGCCCGCAGGCACUGAUCGAUUUUGCGGAUUGGGCUUCGUUCCGGUACAGACGACUGCAAGACCGUUCGUCCUAUAUGUUGUGACGGACGCUAACGAAGGUGCCACCGCAGUGACGCCACCUGACGUGGCCAAUAGAGGAUUCUCUAUCGACUACACACAAGUCGGCUGUUAAAAUUUACUAUGCAUAUGUAUCAGUGUGAACUACUUUGAAAAUCCUAUCUCUAAUUUUUUUCCGGCGGUUACAAAAUUAAAUAUUUAAAACG